AUGGUGGUCUCAUCGUCGCAAAGUUCACCAUACUCGGCUUAGUCUCGCUGUGACUGCCAAAUGUCUCCCGAGGAUUUGUAUCUUCACAUGUCCCAGUGACAAGUCAACAUAAGUCUCUAUUCCCUUUGAUCGGUAAAUCCACCCACAAUCCCCUCACUCCCCCUCCCACACACCAUCACCAUGGACACCGCCAAAGCCACCCUCUCAAAAGCCGCCGAAACAAGCAAAACCCUCGAAAAGAACCUCUCCCAAAAACUAACCUACCUCUGGCACGAAAUCCCCCCCUGGCAACAAGACAACCACUACAUCCAAACCGGGUACCGCCCCGCCUCAAACUCGUACUCAAAGUCCUUCCGCAGCCUAGCCUACAUCCACAACGAGACGGUAAACAUCUACACGCACCUGCUCGGCGCGCUGUCCGCCCUCGUCGCCUCCGCCGUGCUCUACAGCACCCUUGCGCCCAGAUACGAGACGGCCACGAAAGAAGAUGUGUACGUUUUUUCGUGUUUUUUCCUGGGCGCGAUGGCGUGUCUGGGGAUGAGCGCGACGUAUCAUACGAUUCAGAAUCACUCGCAUGAGGUGGCUGUGUGGGGGAAUAAGCUGGAUUAUCUGGGUAUUGUGUUUUUGAUCUGGGGGAGCUUUGUGCCUGUUUUGUAUUAUGGGUUUCAGGAGGAGCCGCGGUUGAUGAGGAGGUAUUGGGCUAUGAUCACCACACUGGCGGCGGCGACUUCUCUGGUCUCCACGCAUCCUAGUUUCCGCACGCCUGCUCUGCGCCCCUUCCGUGCUCUUAUGUUUGUGCUUAUGGGUCUCUCCGCUGUGUUCCCUGUUCUGCAUGGCACCAGGCUCUACGGCGUUGCGCAUAUGCGUCAGUCUGUUGGGCUGGGUUGGGUUGUGCUGGAGGGUGUUUUGUAUAUUGCCGGAGCGGGUCUUUAUGCUGCACGCGUGCCAGAGAGACUGGCUCCCGGUAAGUUCGAUAUCUGGGGGAGUAGUCACCAGAUUUUCCAUGUCUUAGUUGUGGCAGCGGCGGCGUGUCAUUGUGUGGGGCUUGUGAAGGCGUUUGAUUACAUGCAUGGAAUUGGUAUGGGGAUCAGACUCUGAAGUUGGCGGGGGAUGUUGUGUUGUCGCGUCAAGGCCUAUCGGAGAUAUCAGAACGCGUUCAAGCUGUCGAGAAGCAUCUGCGCGGGCUGCUUGAAAGUCCCAUAUAAUACAAGCUCCCGUAGUAGGUAAUGGAAGAAAUCACAUACAUCUUUCAACGC